AUGGUGGGGACCAAGGCCUGGGUGUUCUUCUUCGUCCUGAUGCUGGAGCUCACCUCUGUGCUGGGGAGGCAGAUGAUGCUCAGCCAGUCUGUGAGAAGAGUCCGACCUGGGAAGAGGACCCUCAGCAACUUUGCCAAGCCUGCGAGCCCCCUGGAGACUCCGGGCGAGUGGACAACAUGGUUCAACGUUGACCACCCAGGCGGGCAGGGUGACUUUGAGCGACUGGAUGCCAUUCACUUCUACUACGGGGAGCGUGUGUGCGCUCGGCCCCUGCGGCUGGAGGCUCGGACCACUGACUGGAGACCUGCAGGCAGCACUGGCCAGGUGGUCCACGGCAGUCCCCGCGAGGGCUUCUGGUGCCUCAACCGGGAGCAGCGGCCCGGCCAGAACUGCUCCAAUUACACCGUGCGCUUCCUCUGCCCGCCAGGAUCCUUGCGCCGAGACACAGACCGUAUCUGGAGCUCGUGGUCUCCCUGGAGCAAGUGUUCUGCUGCCUGUGGUCACACGGGGGUCCAGACCCGAACACGCACCUGCUUGGCAGAGACAAUGUCGCUGUGCAGUGAGGCUUCGGAGGAGGGCCGGCUCUGUAUGGACCAGGCCUGCACAGCCUGUGACCUGGUCUGCCACAUGGGCCAGGUGAAUGCUGACUGUGACGCCUGCAUGUGCCAGGACUUCAUGCUGCAUGGGACUGUCUCCCUCCCUGGGGGUGCCCCAGCCUCAGGAGCCACUGUCUACCUGAUGACCAAGACACUUAAGCCGCUGACCCGGACGGACAGCAGUGGGAGAUUCCGAGUCCCUGGCUUAUGCCCAGAUGGCAAAAGCAUCCUGAAGAUCACAAAGACCAAGUUUGCUCCCAUCAAGCUCACGAUGCCCACGACUAGCCUGAAGUCAGCCACCAUCAGUGCAGAGUUCAUGAGAGCAGAGAUCCCAUACAUUGUGAAGAACCCUGAGACAAAAGCACGGAGAGCUGGGCAGAGUGCGGCCCUGUGCUGUAAGGCCACGGGGAAGCCCAGUCCAGACCAGUAUUUCUGGUAUCACAACAACUCGCUGCUGGAUCCCUCCCUCUACAAGCACGAUGGCAAGCUGUUACUGAAGAACCUUCGGCGGGACCAGGCUGGGGAGUACUUCUGCAAGGCCCAGAGCGACGCGGGGGCUGUGAAGUCCCAGGUCGCCAAGCUGAUUGUCAUAGCCCCUGAUGAGGCUCCGUGCAAUCCAACGCCUGAGAGCUACCUUAUCCGGUUGCCUCAUGACUGCUUCCAGAAUGCCACCAACUCCUUCUACUAUGACGUGGGCCGUUGCCCUGUCAAGACCUGUGCAGGGCAGCAGGAUAACGGGAUCCGGUGCCGGGACGCUGUGGAGAACUGCUGUGGCAUCUCCAAAACAGAGGAGAGGGAGAUCCAGUGCAAUGGGUACACGCUGCCCACCAAGGUGGCCAAGGAGUGUGACUGCCAGCGGUGUACGGAGACCCGGAGUAUUGUGCGGGGCCGUGUCAGCGCUGCUGACAAUGGGGAGCCCAUGCGCUUUGGCCACGUGUACAUGGGGAACAGCCGUGUGAGCAUGACUGGCUACAAGGGCACGUUCACCCUCCACAUCCCCCAGGACACGGAGAGGCUGGUGCUCACGUUCGUGGACAGGCUGCAGAAGUUCGUCAACACGACCAAAGUGCUGCCCUUCAACAAGAAGGGGAGUGCCGUGUUCCACGAGAUCAAGAUGCUUCGGCGGAGGGAGCCCGUCACCCUGGAAGCCACGGAGACCAACGUCAUCCCCCUGGGGGAGGUGGAUGGUGAAGGCCCCGUGGCUGAGUUGGAGAUCCCCUCCAAGAGCUUCUACAAGCAGAACGGGGAGCCCUUCACGGGAAAAGUAAAGGCCAGCGUGACCUUCCUGGACCCCCGCAAUAUCUCCACAGCCGCCGCCGCCCAGAGUGACCUGAACUUCAUCACUGAUGACGGAGACACCUUCCCCCUUCGAACCUAUGGCAUGUUUUCCGUGGACUUCAGAGAUGAGGCCACCUCGGAGUCUCUUAAUGCUGGCAAGGUGAAGGUUCACCUCGACUCGACCCAGGUCAAGAUGCCGGAGCACGUGUCAGCGAUGAAACUGUGGUCGCUCAACCCAGACACGGGGCUAUGGGAGGAGGAAGGUGACUUUAAAUACGAAAGCCGAAGGCGGAACAAAAGGGAAGAGAGAACCUUCCUGGUGGGCAACAUGGAGAUCCGAGAAAGGAGGCUUUUUAACUUGGAUGUCCCCGAAAGCAGGAGGUGCUUCAUCAAGGUGAGGGCCUACAGGAGCGAGAGGUUCUUGCCCAGUGAGCAGAUCCAGGGGGUUGUGGUCUCUGUGAUCAACCUGGAGCCCAGGACUGGCUUCUCAUCCAACCCCAGGGCCUGGGGCCGCUUUGACAGUGUCAUCACGGGCCCCAACGGGGCCUGCCUGCCUGCCUUCUGUGACGACCAGUCCCCUGAUGCCUACUCUGCCUAUGUCUUGGCAAGCCUGGCUGGGGAAGAACUGGAAGCAGUGGCGUCUUCUCCCAAAUUCAACCCAAAUGCAAUCGGUGUCCCUCAGCCCUACCUCGACAAGCUCAAGUACCGUAGGACAGACCAUGAGGACCCACGGGUUAAGAAGACGGCUUUCCAGAUCAGCAUGGCCAAGCCGAGGCCCAACUCAGCCGAAGAGAGCAACGGACCCAUCUACGCCUUUGAGAACCUCCGGGCAUGUGAGGAGGCACCGCCCAGUGCAGCCCACUUCCGGUUCUACCGGAUCGAGGGGGAUCGGUACGACUACAACACCGUCCCCUUCAACGAAGACGAUCCCAUGAGCUGGACGGAAGACUACCUGGCGUGGUGGCCCAAGCCAAUGGAGUUCAGGGCCUGCUACAUCAAGGUGAAGAUUGUGGGGCCCGUGGAGGUGAAUGUGCGAUCCCGCAACAUGGGGGGCACCCACCGGCAGACGGUGGGGAAGCUGUACGGAAUCCGGGAUGUCAAAAGCACACGGGACAGGGACCAGCCCAACGUCUCAUCCGCCUGUCUGGAGUUCAAGUGCGGCGGGAUGCUCUAUGACCAGGAUCGUGUGGACCGCACGUUAGUGAAGAUCAUCCCCCAAGGCAGCUGCCAUCGGGCCAGUGUGAACUCCAUGCUGCACGAGUACCUGGUCAACCACCUGCCGUUGGCGGUCAACAACGACACCAGUGAGUACACCAUGCUGGCGCCUCUGGAUCCACUGGGCCACAACUACGGCAUCUACACCGUCACUGACCAGGACCCUCGUGUGGCCAAGGAGAUCGCCCUGGGCCGGUGCUUUGACGGCACCUCGGAUGGCUCCUCCAGAAUCAUGAAGAGCAACGUGGGAGUGGCCCUCACCUUCAACUGCAUAGAGAGGCAGGUGGGUCGCCAGAGUGCCUUCCAGUACCUCCAAAGUAUCCCAGGCCAGACCCCUGCCCCCGGCACGAUCAGAGCAAGAGUGCCCUUCCGGAGGCAGCAGCGGGCAAGUAGGGGCGGCCAGCGCCGGCCUGGAGGGAUGGCCUCUCUGAGGUUUCGUGGGGUUGCUCAGCAGCCUUUAAACAACUGA